UUAAGUGCGCGUACCAUGACCGAACAAUCAGCAUUACUUCUUCGAAAACAACUGGCAGAGCUCAACAAGAACCCCGUGGAGGGCUUUUCAGCUGGUCUGAUAGAUGAUGAUGACAUAUAUAAAUGGGAAGUUGUGAUCAUUGGUCCACAAGAUACCCUUUUUGAAGGAGGGUUUUUCAAAGCAUACUUAACCUUUCCCUAUGAUUAUCCACUGCGGCCUCCAAAGAUGAAGUUCAUCACUGAAAUCUGGCACCCAAAUGUUGCAAAGAACGGGGAUGUUUGCAUCUCAAUUCUGCAUGAGCCAGGAGAGGAUAAGUUUGGUUAUGAAAAGCCUGAGGAGCGCUGGCUUCCCAUCCACACAGUAGAGACAAUCAUGAUUAGCGUUAUCUCCAUGCUGGCAGACCCCAACAGCGAUUCACCAGCUAAUGUGGAUGCGGCGAAAGAGUGGAGGGAGGACCCUAAUGGUGAAUUCAAGAGGAAGGUGGCUCGCUGUGUAAGAAAAAGUCAAGAGAUGGCUUUUGAUUAGGAGUUAAUUGUAAAUUCCAGGAUAAAGGAAAUGCCUUCAGAGGGAAAAUUUCAGCAAAAGGCUUUUGCACCCCUUGUUUUGCCAGUCAAAGGAAUUGGUUGUCUUCAACCAUGUUUCUGUGAACGGUUGUCAUUUUCCGCAAGAUGAGCCAAUUUGAGAACCCUACCAGCGAAAUUAACCUGUUUCCUACCUGGAAUUGUAUAUUUAAUUUUAUUUAUUUUGAGAAAUUAAUGAUGUAAGAUAUGUCACUACUGUAAAUUAACUUGCUUUUUUAUCUGCUGCUGAACAGUUUCUACUUUAUACCAGGUUUCUUAUGCAAUUUAGUGGUCAAGAUUGUGUAAAACAAAAUGAAAACCCGUCACCAUUAGGUCAUCACUUGUCCUCCCCACUGAAUACUUACCACCAGAUUAAUGUCGGCCCAACAAAUCUUUGUCAGUAGAUGUGAUUAUUUUCAACACUGUCAUUGAAUCACUGUUGCCUUUUGUUGGCUUCACUUCCUCACAGUAUGUGUGUUGAUUAGAGGGACAGGUUGAGGACUUUUAGGGUUGUUUUUUUUUCUUUUUUUCAUUUGGUCUUAAUUUUCUGAGAAACAGCCUUCUGUUAGCAUUUUCUUCUUAUACUAGUGUACAGCUGCAUGCAAACGUUGGGCACCCCUGGUCAAAAUAUAGUGUACUGUGAAUAGCUAAGCAAGUAAAAGAUGACCUGAUUUCCAAAAGGCAAAGCGUUAAAGAUGGCACAUUUCUUCAAUAUUUUAAGCAAGAUGAUUUUUUCUUUCAAUCUUUUGCAGUUUCUAAAAAAACUAGAAAGGAAAAGGGCCUGAAGCAAAAGUUUGGGCAUGGUCAGUAUUUAUUAGCGUCCCCUUUGGCAAGUAUCACAGCUUCUAAACACUCUUUGUAACCAGCUAAGAGUCUUUGAAUUCUUGUUUGGGGGAUUUUCACCCAUUCUUCCUGCAAAAGGUUUCUAGUUAAACUUAAACUUAACU